CUCGCAGCAGCGAGCCGCGAGCGCCCUGCUCCCGGUCCCGGCUCGAACUGAACUGUGCAAGUGGCGGGUCCUGGAACUCCGGGCCAGGAGCUGCGAGCCCAGGUCUGAGCCCGGGUCCAGCGGGCAGCCGCCGAGGCCCUGGUUCGGGACCGAGCCCGGGCGCGGAGCGGGAGAGCCGGAGAGCCGGGCGGGCGGGCCGGCGCAGCGUCCCGGCGAGUCCGGGAGCAGGACGGUGGAAGGCAGGGAGACGGCCGCGAGCAGAGGGCAGAGGGCAGAGUGCAGAGAGAGGCCUGGCUCGGCGGAGGGCGCCGCCCGGCCGGAACCGAGCUCUCCGCCCGGGACGCCGGCCGGCGGUGGGGCGCGGACCCAGGGUGGCCACGAGUCCCGAGCGACUCCCCGGCCCACGGCGGGGGGCGUGCCUCCUCCCAGCCCAGCCGCCCCAGCCCCGCGCGCCGGUCAGCUGCGUCGCCGGGGCAUGUGAGCGGGAAGCCCGGGCUGCCAGCCGCGAGGACCGUUCGGAGGAGGAACAGGAGCAGGAGCGCGGAGCCCGGCGCCCGGCCGAGUAGCUGGCGAUGGUGCGCUAUGCUGCUGUGUCGUGAUGCUGGGCAGUGACCGCUCCCAGGGAGCCGCCGGAUACUCUUGACACGAUUCUGGGCCUGUUUUUCCCUGGCAGCACAGUAUUCAGUAAAUUACCUGAGCCAUUCAACACUUCAUUCUACGGAUGUCCAUGAGGAGCCCUGGCUCUGCCCAGCUGGCCCUGGAUGGCGUUGGCACCAUGGUGAACUGCACGGUCAAGUCAGAAGGGAAGAAGGAGCCCUGCCAUGAGACCGUCCAGCUCUCUGCUGCCGCUGCUGAACCCCAGCCUGGAGACCCAGCCCGGGCUUCCCAGGAUGGUGCUGACCCCCAAACUCCUCCAGCCCAGGACUGCAGCUCCCCCGAGAGCAAUGGGUGUCCGGAACCCAAGAGAGUGGGAGGUUCUGAGGUGGCCUCGGGAAGCCAGGAGAAGCUGGACUUCAACCAAAAUUUGAAAGAAGUGGUGCCGGCCAUCGAGAAGCUGCUGUCCAGUGACUGGAAGGAGAGGUUUCUGGGAAGGAGUUCUGUGGAAGCCAAAGACGUGAAAGGGACCCAGGAGAGCCUAGCAGAGAAAGAGCUCCAGCUCCUGGUCAUGAUCCACCAGCUCUCUACCCUGAGGGACCAGCUCCUGACGGCCCACUCAGAGCAGAAGAACAUGGCCGCCAUGCUGUUUGAGAAGCAGCAGCAGCAGAUGGAGCUGGCCCGGCAGCAGCAGGAGCAGAUUGCCAAACAGCAGCAGCAGCUGAUUCAGCAACAACAUAAGAUCAACCUUCUCCAGCAGCAGAUCCAGCAGGUCAACAUGCCUUACGUCAUGAUCCCAGCCUUCCCCCCAAGUCACCAACCUCUUCCUGUCCCCCCCGAUUCCCAGCUGGCCUUGCCCAUUCAGCCCAUCCCCUGCAAACCAGUGGAGUACCCCCUGCAGCUGCUGCACAGCCCCCCCGCGCCGGUGGUGAAGAGGCCCGGGGCCAUGGCUGCCCACCACCCGCUGCAGGAGUCCUCCCAGCCCCUGAACCUCACGGCCAAGCCCAAGGCCCCUGAGCUGCCCAAUGCCUCCAGCUCCCCCAGCCUGAAGAUGAACUGUGGACCCCGGCCCCCCAGUCACGGGGCCCCCACUCGGGACCUGCAGUCCAGCCCGCCCAGUCUGCCGUUGGGCUUCCUUGGUGAAGGGGAUGCGGUCACCAAAGCCAUUCAGGAUGCUCGACAGCUGCUGCAUGGCCACAGUGGGGCUAUAGAGAGCUCCCCCAACACCCCCUUCCGCAAGGACCUCAUCAGCCUGGACACGUCCCCGGCUAAGGAGCGGCUGGAGGAGAGUUGUGUGCACCCCCUCGAAGAAGCCAUGCUGGGCUGCGACAUGGAUGGCUCCCGCCACUUUCCAGAGUCCCGGAACAGCAGCCACAUCAAGAGGCCCAUGAAUGCCUUCAUGGUGUGGGCCAAGGAUGAGCGGAGGAAGAUCCUCCAAGCCUUCCCAGACAUGCACAACUCCAGCAUCAGCAAGAUCCUUGGUUCCCGCUGGAAGUCCAUGAGCAACCAGGAGAAGCAGCCCUACUAUGAGGAGCAGGCAAGGCUGAGCCGGCAGCACCUGGAAAAGUACCCAGACUACAAGUACAAGCCUCGGCCCAAGCGCACCUGCAUCGUGGAGGGCAAGCGGCUGCGGGUGGGCGAGUACAAAGCCCUGAUGCGGACCCGGCGCCAGGACGCCCGCCAGAGCUACGUGACCCCCCCCCAGGCUGGCCAGCUGCCAAUGAGCCCCUCAGAGGUCCUGUACCCUCGGGUGGCAGGCGUGCCUCUGGCUCAACCCCUGGUGGGGCACUCCGUGCCUCGGAGCCUGGACCCCAACAUGCCUGUCAUCGUCAACACCUGCAGCCUCAGGGAGGAAGGCGAGGCCGCAGAGGACAGGCACUCGGUGGCUGAUGGCGAGAUGUACCGGUACAGCGAGGAAGAGGACUCGGAGGGCGAGGAGAAGAGUGACGGGGAGCUGGUGGUGCUCACAGACUGAUCCCAGCUGGGAGGGCCUGGCCCCGAGCUGAUGGGCACAGCCAGCCGGCCUGGACUACAUUGGUACUUGGACUUGCCCAGGAAAGGGCCCAGCUGUGCACUUGUAGAUAUCCUCCUGAGGGGAGACGCCCCUCCGCCUCCCCUGGGGCCGUACCUGAGGCGCUGUGGGCUGAGGUGGGCGGGGCCUUGGCCCUUGGGGCUCCUGGCCAGCCGGCCACUGUAUGACCCUCCCUUCCUGCAGGUCUCUUCACCCCAGGGGUCUGGCAGCUCCAGACCUGUCCGUCCCCCUGGGGCCACAGGCUCUGUUUCCAUUCUUGUUCUGGCUGGACCAGCCCCUGUAGGACCAGUCCCACCCCCCAAUCACUCCUCUAUCACAGGAUCACUUUGUACUCUGUGCAGAAGGCCUGGCUGUCCCUCGCUGUCUUUAUUUCCUGCUGAGCCCGUUGUGCCUCUGGCUGCUGUAUGUGUGCACACGUGUGUACAUGGAGGUGUGUGCACAGGCUCCUGUGUGUAUUUCCAUCCGCUCAUUCAUUGCACAAGGUAUUUAUUGAGUGCCUGCUGUGUGCCAGGCACUGUUGCUGAGUUCCUGUGGGUGUCUCUUGAUGCCACCUCUUGCUUCUCUGGGGGCCUCUUCUUGUGCUUCAUUGUCCCCAAAUUGCUACCUCUUUGUCAGUCUGGGUGUCUCAGGUUCUGUGUGUCCUUGUUUCUCUGCAGGGCUGUUCUGUCUCUGCCCCUUCCUUGGCAUCUGCCUCUGCCCCUUUUGAUACCGCUGGUCAGCCCCUGGGCCCACCAGCCGCCCUUCACUCCCCUCCCCUGCCUGUCCCUUCACUCCCUCCCUAGUGGUCGGUUCCCACAGAGCCAUUUUUAGCUCGAGCAAUGUGGGAAUGUGUUCGGCUUCCAAGGGGCUCUGUCUUGGUGCCCCCAUCCCUGGUCCCAACCUGAGUGCCAGGAGUUGGGGACAGGAGGAUUGAUGGUGCCCCCCUUCCUGGAGAGCAGGGCUCCCCUGAUGGUAGCUGGUGAGUAGGGAGUGGACAGGGUCGCUGAGGGGAAGACCACCUCUCCGCCAGCCUGCUCCCCUCCCCUCCCCCACUAACACGGGGAACUCACCUCAGCUCCUGCUCCCAUUGGACAGGUUACUUCCCUACGAAAAUCACAUCCCACCGGCGCCUGACUCCCAACGAUCCAGAACAGCCCUUGGAUCAGGGUGGGAUGGGAACCCCACACCCCACAGGGGCAGAUGUGGAUUCUGUGCCUGCCCCCUAUUUUCUACCCCCCCCCUUCCCCUCAAGCCCAGCUUCUCUCCAGGCUGUUUUUUUUUAUGACUGUAAACCUAGAUAGUGCUUUAUUUUGUUAAUAAUAAGAUAAUGAUGAGUAACUUAACCAGCACAUUUCUCCUGUUUACACUUGGGGAAUUUUUGUUUUCUGUUGGCAUAAUAAACACAGACCAUUUCAGAA